GUUCACGUCUGAGGGAGAAAUAGAGAGCGAUGUAAGGGUUAUAAAAAGACUAGGAGAAGGAGAGAUCGGAAUUUACAAGUCUCAGUGCUUCCAUGCUAGCAUUGCAUCACCAUUACCAUUACCAUACAUAGAGUGAUGCAAGAAGCUGGGCUGGCAAUGAAUAUGCUCAGCGCAGAAGUCUCAGCCGCCGCCGCCGACCACCACCACCGUCAACUGAAGGCAGACAUAGCCACCCAUCCACUUUACGAACAGCUUCUCUCUGCACACGUCUCAUGCCUCCGCGUCGCUACACCCAUCGACCAGUUGCCACUCAUCGACGCUCAGUUAUCACACUUCAACAAUCUCCUCCGCUCUUACGCCUCACACCAUUCCCAUUCCCAUUCCCAUGAUCGACAAGAGCUCGACAACUUCAUGACACAGUAUUUGAUCGUGUUAUGUGCGUUAAAAGAGCAGCUUCAGCAACAUGUUCGGGUGCAUGCCGUGGAGGCUGUGAUGGCCUGCCGUGAUAUUGAAAGCACCUUGCAAGCUCUGACAGGAGUGAGCCUGGGAGAAGGAUCGGGUGCAACAAUGUCAGAUGACGAAGAGGACUUUCAAAUGGAUGGGUCUUUAGAUCAGUCUAGCGCUGAGGGGCAGGACAUGAUGGGAUUUGGUCCAUUGCUUCCUACAGAAUCUGAAAGGUCCCUCAUGGAAAGAGUUCGUCAGGAGCUCAAAAUUGAGCUCAAGCAGGGUUUCAAGUCAAGAAUCGAAGAUGUUAGGGAGGAAAUAUUAAGGAAAAGGAGGGCCGGGAAAUUGCCUGGGGACACAACAUCGGUUUUAAAGGCAUGGUGGCAGCAACACGCUAAAUGGCCCUACCCAACUGAAGAUGACAAGGCAAAACUUGUGGAAGAGACAGGGUUGCAGCUGAAGCAAAUUAAUAAUUGGUUCAUCAAUCAAAGGAAACGCAACUGGCACAGCAACUCUCAAUCUGUCACCUCUCUCAAGUCCAAGCGCAAGAGGGAGUAUUCCCACUAAGGAUUCCAGUCUGGUGCAGGAGAUAAGGUGAUGAUGCUCUAUAACAUAAGAUGGCUUGUAAAUUCUUGGAUUAUAUAACGGAUACAGUUUUCUUCUUGCUGUGUGUUGCCUCCGUUUCAAGUGUUUCUUAUUUGUAAAUUGUGACAUUCAACAUAAUUUGUGGUGGGAUUACUUUGCUGAACGACAAAGGGAAAUUUAAGGACGAAUCCGCUAAUGAAAUCAAAGUGUUUUUUUGUUCCCCCGAUC